CUCAUCCCCUCUUCCGGCCAUCGCAGCCCUUUUCCGCUUGUUUUCUGCCGGCUUUAUCUGCGCGCUCCUAAGUCGUUCCUGGCCUCCGGUCCCUCUACGCUCUUCACCCGGUCCCAGCGGCUCGCUGCUCAUCCCGAAUCUCCCCGAGACUCGGAGGGCUCUGCCGUUUCUGCCGUGCGUUUUCUCCGGGAGGCCCGGGCUGAGGCCUGCCACGCGCAGUGACUGCCUCGCUUACCAGACCCCGCGUCUCCCCUCAACUUCGUUGAGGCCGCGGCCGCUGCCGCCUCGAGAUGCUGCUGUCAGGGUCCGCGCAGCGCUGGGCAGCCUCUGCGGGCCGUUGGGGCUGCAGGCUUCUAGCUUUGCUGCUGCUGGUGCCGGGGCCCAGCGGCGCCUCUGAGAUCACCUUCGAGCUGCCCGACAAUGCCAAGCAGUGCUUCUACGAGGACAUCACACUGGGCACUAAGUGCACCCUCGAGUUCCAGGUGAUUACUGGAGGUCACUACGAUGUAGAUUGUCGAUUAGAAGAUCCUGAUGGUAAUGUGUUAUACAAGGAGAUGAAGAAACAAUAUGAUAGUUUUACCUUCACAGCUUCCAAAAAUGGGACAUACAAAUUUUGCUUCAGCAAUGAAUUUUCAACUUUCACGCAUAAAACUGUAUAUUUUGAUUUUCAAGUUGGAGAAGACCCACCUUUGUUUCCUAGUGAGAACCGAGUCAGCGCUCUUACCCAGAUGGAAUCUGCCUGUGUUUCAAUUCAUGAAGCUCUGAAGUCUGUCAUCGACUAUCAGACUCAUUUCCGAUUGAGAGAAGCUCAAGGACGAAGCCGAGCAGAGGAUCUAAAUACAAGAGUGGCCUAUUGGUCAGUAGGAGAAGCCCUCAUUCUUCUGGUGGUUAGCAUAGGGCAGGUAUUUCUUCUGAAAAGCUUUUUCUCAGAUAAAAGAACCACCACAACUCGUGUUGGAUCAUAACUACACUUUGAGAAUUGACGCACCAUUGCCACUGUAAUAUUGCUGUCCUCUAAUUGAUUUUAGGUACCGAAGAACUUAAUAUUGGCAACAUUUUUGAAAAUUUUACUCAUACUUGUUGCGGGGCAUGUACGAUGCAUAUCCCCAAACUGGAAAGGACACCGUUUUUUUUUUUUUUUUUUCAUUUGUAAAGGUGGAAAAACUUUGGAACUUAUUUUGGGCUAUUAAUGUUAAAUAUUCAGCACCAAUGAUCUACUCUUUCCUUGGUUAUUUGUAUCUACUCUUCGCACACUGAACUUUGGUAUUUUGAUUCCUUUUAACCGUUUGAAAGAUACUUUUUCUUAUAGGUAGUUGAUAUUUUAAAAACCUUAGAUUUAAAGUCUAUAUAUGUUGUGGAGGAAGAAAAUUGCCCUUUAAUUGUUUAUAGUGACUAAAAUUUUGUGUUUUAAGAAAACCAGAUGUGACUAACUAUAGCUCAAACCCUAUUCUGCACUGUUUAAUUUUUUGGGAAAGAAGAAAAAAAAAUUACCAUGGAAAUGUUAGUUAAUAUUAUAAUUUUAAAUUGAUACAUCAUGGUAUAAUUUAUUUUUCAUUAGCUUAGAAAGUGUCAGAAUUUUGUUUUGGGGGUUUAUUCUAUGAUUUAUAACCAGAUGUUAUUCUUUCAUAAAGGCAUUCUUACCACACAGAGUAACAGUAUGUUUCAAUAAAAUAUAGUUUAUACAGGCUUUAAAAAUCAGACUGUUAGAACAGGUAGAAUAUUACAGAAUAAUUUAAGACACUACAAUGGGGGCAAAUGAAAUGGGUAAAUUUAUAGUGAAUUAUCUGCACACUGUAUUUCAAUACUUUUACAAAGGAAUAAGGUGGUCUGUUUCAUUUAACAUUUUAAUUGGCUGGUUCUUACCCAUAUGUGGCUUUAAUGUCUUUGAGUCAUUUUCAGCUUAAAUUGACAGUUGUAAUAUUAGUAUCACAUAAGUGCCAUACAUUUUAUCCUGAUGGUGGGAUGCACUGAGAAGUUAGGUUUUUGUUUGUUUUUUGCCUUGCACAUGAGAUUUCUGUAAUCUGGUUAGUAGCCCUAAAAUGAUUUAAAAAUUUAGAAUGCUUAUAUGUGUGUAUUUCUUAUUUGAUAAUCUUCAUUGAUUGUAUUGCAUUUGAUGAGUAUUAAAUAAUGCAUAUUCUGUACAUUAUAAGGUUUAGACUGUGUUUGUAUCUUACUUGUAUAGAUUGAGCCAAUUGAAGUAAGAUUUAGUUCCAAGUAUUCUGGAAUAGAAUACAAGAUGAUGCAAAAUUGUAUAGAUUUUUAAAGCUUUUUGCUGUUUAAAAAGGUUGUGACUGCUUUUCUGCCGUGCCCUGUCCCCCACCCCAAGGUGAUGAGUGCUGAACAAGACUGUCAUAUUGUAGUGACCGAUAUGUGGUACGAUAUAAUGCUGGUUGGCAAGCAAUUGUGAUCACUUACCACGACUGACCAGAAGUUAACUCCUAAUUCUAAUCUGUCUUGAAAUACAUAUAUACAUUUCUGCAUAUAAGAGCAAAAUUCAUUGAGGUUGUCAGAGUAAAAUUAAGUGAGGGUGUCAUCCUUGCUAAUUUCUAAUGCCACAGUGUAGCAAAGGAUGAACAUGUUUUGAAUCCUUUAAUUCUAAGAUUUUUGAAGACCAAAUAGCUCCUCCUUAAACAGUAUCUAUCAGUGGAUUCAGAACUGAAGUUUAAGAUUUUCCAGAUUUAUCUUUUCAAGUUCUUGGAGUUGUCAUGCAGCUUUAUAAGUAUCCCUCUAUAUUUAAUUUGAAAAUUUUAAACAUUAAUGUUAAUGUAAUUGAUAAGCAUGGGCAUAUGUAGAAUGUCCUUUUCUGGUUACCUGUCUAUCCAGAUACUGAUACUACACCGUAAUUAAACAGUCUGGUCUCAGCGUGUCCAGUCUGGCAUAGGUAGAUAGAUAGUACAGCAGUUUAAUUUGUGCCUCUCAAAACUUCAUGAUAUUAGAUUAUUACCCUAAAUGAUUUUUGAUGAAACUAUUGAAAUAUAUUAGAAUUUUUGAAAUCACCACUGUUACCUAUGGUAAAUAGUGUGGGCUUGGUCCAGUCUGUAUGUAACUGGUUAAAUCUUGAUGGCUGUCUGUACUCACCUGGUAUGUGUGUGUGUGUGUGUGUGUGUAUAUAUAUAUAUAUAUAUAUAUUAGGAUAUAUGUAUCUAUUUGGACAUAAAUGUUAAGUAAGAACAGGUUUUUUUUUUCUUUUUU